UCGAAUGAACAGUAUAGAUAUGUCUACGAAUAGGAAAAAUUCCACCCCUAUAUAAUAUAAUCUAAGAAUAUAAACAUAAUUAACUUUGGGGGUCCCAUAAAAAUCACCCAAGAAUUACAAUCUUGAUCAAGAGAUAAACAUCCAUUUACAGCCUGGGGGAGAUAUAAACCCUAGAUGUCCCUUUCCAUCAAUUUUUAUAAAAUCUUUUCGUGCAAGUGGCCUAAUAUAAUACGCCCAAUCUUGCCUCAUCAAAGCACCAAAUAUGGUACGGUCCACAUAAUUGGCAUCAACUUCCCGUUCACGUUAGUCCACUUUCACUCUCCCUUUCUAACUUACGCCGGAUGAGAUUUUCAAGACCUAGCUUUCUCUCUUGCUCUGUUCUUUGCCGCUUGUGAGGAGUAAUGUCCAGAUUUUCAAGCUGUUUCAAGCGGUUCCCCAGGUUUUAUUUCUUUUUUCACAUUUCGUUGAUGAUUUUUCACUAAAAAAGUUUCAAUUUUUUACCUUAAAACUUGCAACUGUAUGUAGUUUCAGUUGAAGAAAACAAAGAAACAAGAAAACCUACGUGGGAAAACAUGUCAAAAACAUCGAAUCUAUUGUUUUAGAGAAUUGGGAUUUUGUUAUUUUUUUAUGCUUUACUAUGAAACUUCCAUCAGCAAUGUAAGCAAAGGGUUAAUUUUUUUGAUUGGUUUAUAUUGUUGUUGUUAUUUUGAAUCUUUGUUGUAAAUGGGAAAUGUGGAAAUACCAAAAUGGCUAAAAGGGUUGCCAUUGGCACCUGAAUUUAGACCAACAGAUACUGAGUUUGCUGACCCCAUUGCAUAUAUAUCAAAGAUUGAGAAAGAAGCUGGUGCUUAUGGUAUAUGUAAGAUUAUCCCGCCAUUGCCAAAACCAUCAAAGAAGUAUGUUUUUAAUAACUUGAAUAGGUCGUUGUCCAAGUGUCCAGAAUUAGGAAGUGGUGUGGAUGUAUCAAAGAAUAUUGGUUCUGUUUCGAGCUGUGGGGAUAGUGGUGGGGAUGGAAGGGCGGUGUUUACGACUCGGCAUCAGGAAUUGGGACAAAGUGGGAAGGGAAUAAAAGGGUUGGUUAGUAGCCCACAAUGUGGUGUUCAGAAGCAAGUGUGGCAAAGUGGGGAGAUUUAUACAUUGGAGCAGUUUGAGUCCAAGUCGAAGACUUUUGCAAAGAGUUUAUUGGGUGUGCUUAAGGAGGUGUCACCAUUGGAUAUAGAGGCAUUGUUCUGGAAGGUCGCUUCAGAGAAGCCUAUAUUCUUGGAAUAUGCUAAUGAUGUCCCUGGAUCAGGUUUUGGGGAACCAGAGGGUCAAUUUCAGUAUUUCCAUAGGAGGAGGAGGAGGAGGAGGAAGAGAAUGUCGUACAGGAGGGAAAGCUCUGAUUGCAAGAAAGAUGAGAUUGAUACUGUAAAGAAUUCACAUAUUGAUGAGAUUAAAAAUACUUCCGAUAAAAGUGAUCCUGAUACAUGUUUAGAAACACCAACAUCCUCCACUCCAUUGUCAACCCUGGCAUCAGAUGGAAAUUCUCAUUCUAAACGAAAGAGCGGAAAUGCUAGUAAUGAUAUGGAAGGUACUGCAGGUUGGAAGCUUUCAAACAGUCCUUGGAACCUUCAAGUGAUUGCUCGCUCAGCUGGCUCACUUACACGUUUUAUGCCUGAUGAUAUUCCUGGUGUUACUUCUCCGAUGAUUUAUAUUGGCAUGUUGUUCAGCUGGUUUGCCUGGCAUGUUGAAGAUCACGAGCUUCACAGCAUGAAUUUUCUUCAUAUUGGCUCUUCAAAGACUUGGUAUGCUGUUCCUGGAGAUUAUGCAUUUGCUUUUGAGGAAGUUAUCCGCACUGAGGCUUAUGGUGGUAAUAUUGAUCGCUUAGCUGUCCUGUCAUUACUGGGUGAGAAGACAACUCUUCUAUCACCUGAGUUGAUUGUUGCAUCUGGCAUUCCUUGUUGUAGGUUAAUACAGAAUCCUGGUGAAUUUGUUGUGACUUUUCCGAGAGCCUACCAUGUAGGAUUCAGCCACGGUUUUAAUUGUGGGGAAGCUGCAAACUUUGGAACUCCACAGUGGCUUCAAGUAGCUAAAGAAGCUGCAGUUCGUAGAGCUGCUAUGAACUAUCUUCCAAUGCUUUCUCAUCAGCAGCUGCUGUACCUUUUGACCAUGUCUUUUGUGUCAAGGGUGCCAAGAUCCUUUUUACCUGGUGCUCGGAGUUCCCGAUUGAGAGAUCGCCAGAAGGAAGAAAGAGAGUUGUUAGUAAAGAAGGCUUUUAUAGAAGAUUUAUUAACUGAAAAUAAAUUUUUAUCUCUUCUUAAAAGAGGAUCAACUUGUCGUGCAAUAAUAUGGGCUCCUGAUUUACUACCUUGUACGAGCAAGGAUUCCGAAUUCCCCAGUGGAAGUGCUACAGUUUCUACAGUACUGCAAGAAAAUGUUUCUGAUAUUCAUUGUGAAAAUAAGACUAAUCAAAAUAAUCUCUUAGAAGAGAUGAGCUUGUACAUGGAAAAUCUGAACUAUUUAUAUUUGAAUGAUGAUGAUUUGACAUGUGAUUUUCAAGUUGAUUCGGGGACAUUGGCUUGUGUGGCUUGUGGAAUUCUGGGUUAUCCAUUUAUGUCUGUGGUACAACCAUCUGAGGAAGCAACAAUUCAACCUCUACCUGCUGAUCAUCUUUUGGUUCAAGGUUGUCCAACAGUCUUGGAACCUAAGAAUGCUCAAUCCUGCCCUGGUCUCGAUCACCCUAUUGAGAGCUCAGUUUCAGACAAUGUCAAUCAUGUUGCUGAUCUAUCUCUACCCUCUAAGGAUGGCCCAUCACCAUCAAUAACUAAGUUUUCCGAAGGAUGGGACACUACUAAUAAAUAUCUGAGGCCUCGGAUUUUCUGCCUGGAGCAUGCUGUUCAAGUUGAGGAGCUUUUGCAGUCCAAAGGUGGAGCAAAAAUGCUGGUAAUUUGCCAUUCAGACUAUCUGAAAAUAAAGCCACAUGCAAAACAUGUUGCAGAGGAUAUUGGUUUCCCUGUCAAUUACACUGAUAUUCCAUUGGAUGCUGCAUCCCAGGAGGAUCUAAACUUGAUCAGUUUUGCAAUUGAUAAUGAAAAUGAUGAAAUUGGAGAAGAUUGGACCUCCAAACUUGGUGUUAACUUGCGAUACUGUGUCAAGGUCAGAAAGAACUCUGCAUUUAAGCAAGUUCAGCAUGUACUGCCAUUGAGUGGACUUUUCGCUGAUAAAUAUGGCAGUUCAGAGUUAUUGAACAUCAGAUGGAAAUCGAGAAAAUCUCGUUCAAAAGGCAAGUUAAACCAUCCAUCACCCUCUAAACCGCGUGGAAGUGUUGAAAUGAAAGUGGAUGAAAUAUUGGUGGAAAAGCUAGAUGGCAACAUUACUAAAAAGGAGCAGAAAAUUAUUCAGUAUUCAAGAAAGAAAAAAAGAAAACCAGUUUAUUCUACUGGAGUAGGUCAGGACCUUGAACUUUUUAAGGAUGACCUGCCAAGGGAAGAUUCUAGUGCUAUAUAUGGCCUUCUUGAUGAACUUGGUGGAAAUAAAUCCAAGAUAAAUGCCAAAAGUGCGUCUGCUAGGUCAUGCCACACACAGCUUGAGAUCCAGACUACCUCAGUUGUUGGAGUUGUACAAAAGGAUCAUAGCAAAAUUUUGGAGUUGUCAGAUCUGGAUGGUGAAGCUUGUAGUUUGACAGCCUGUGCUAGUUCUCAAAAGCAAUGUGAGAUCAAGCUUAUGGAGAGGACCAGUGAGAAUAAUGAGAUUUCUCCUGCUGACAAGUGUUCUAAAUGCUGUGUCGUUGCAGCUGCUGAAAGAUUUGUUGAAAAUGCUGCCACUUUUAGUGAUGUUUGCAAUCCAGUUUCUGAAGGACAGGGUGAGGAACUGGCUGUCAGGUAUGAUUUGAUAAAUCUUGCUAACUCGGCAAGUUCACAUUUUGCUCAGCCAUCUGCUGGAAGAUUUGAUCCAGGGUUUGAGGACAUAAUUUUUGAGAAAUCUUGUAUAAAUGGAAGGGUUUGUACUCAUAUGACGUCUGAUAACAGAGCGCAGCAAGAAACUGAAGCUAUCAGCAGAAAUAACAAUGAUGGCAAUUUAUGUGAUAAUAAACUAAUAAAUAAACCUAUUUUGGGUUCAGAGGAUUUUUCCAGUGGUGUAUCUUUGGGAAAAGAAGUGCAGCACGAAACCAACACUAGCCGUGGAAGUCAGGUUGAGCCUUUUUUGAGUUCUCCCAUCCCGACAAAGAGGCCUAGUACUGUCCCAGCGGGAAAUAAAUCUGAAAUUCCAAAGGACCCUGCAGCAGCAGAUUCACGUGAUGGUACAAUUUCCAAGAAUAAAGCACGGAAUCAGGAAAUCCAUUCAAGCAAGGAAGGACUUCUCUCUGGUUCUACUACGCCAGUGGGCAUUGAUCAGCCUACUGGUCUCUUAGUGGAAAAAUAUUCUGUAAUUUCCGAGAAUCCUUGUGCCAUAGAAGACCUGCAUACUGAUGUGACCUUAGAUGUUGAAGUGUUGCAAGAAAUGCAAGCUACAAACCGGACCUGUGGGGAUGAAGUAAUUGCUUGUUCCCAUUUACCAAUCAAAGAAAAGCAGCCUACUCCCACAGUGAUGGAAGCUUGCUCCGAGGUUCAAAGAGAGAGCAGCCUUCAAAAGAAGCUGUGUGCUGAUGCAACUGUAGAUGACAGACAUGAAAAUGACCUGAUUAGAAAUGAACAAAACCAGGACGAAUCUGUUUCUUGCUGUGUUACACCUAUAAAUCAGACCACUAUCCCAAUCCAAAAGUACUCUAGAGCUCGUAGAGAGAGUUGUGCUACUGUGAAUGAGAACGAUGGUGGGGAAGUUUGUUCAUUGGUAGAGAAUAGAAAUCUUGAGUCUGCAGAGGCAAAUUGCAGAUCAAGUGCCUUGAAUGGAAUAAAGAGGAAAAGAGAAGUGGAGGAAGCACCUGAAAAAAAGCUUGGUGGCAAUGGCUUUAUUAGAAGUCCAUGUGAAGGAUUGAGGCCAAGGGCUCAGAAAGAUGCAACAAGUGGCAUUAAUGUAGGAAAAACAUCCCAGGAGGUAGUGCCAACAAAAGAGACAAGGAAGCCUUCAAUUCAUACGCAGAGUAAGAAAAUAAUUAAAAAGGGUUCUCAUAGGUGUGACCUGGAAGGCUGCCAUAUGAGUUUUGAGACGAAGGAAGAGUUGAGGUUGCACAAACACAAUCGGUGCCCGUAUGAGGGCUGUGGAAAGAAGUUCCGCUCCCACAAAUAUGCAAUCCUUCAUCAACGAGUCCACGAGGAUGAUAGGCCCCUCAAGUGCCCGUGGAAAGGUUGUUCCAUGUCAUUCAAGUGGGCAUGGGCUAGGACCGAGCAUAUAAGGGUGCACACUGGAGAAAGGCCAUAUCAGUGCAAGGUUGAAGGCUGCGGCCUUUCUUUCAGGUUUGUGUCUGAUUUUAGUCGGCAUAGACGUAAAACAGGGCAUUAUAUAGACUCUUCAGUCUGAAAGUUUGUCAUUGCAGUUAGGUUACAUCUGUUAUGUACGGGGUAUGGGCAACGGAGCUCUGGGGGCGAGGUCUACAAGGUAUAGGUUAGGGCUAGACUGAUCCUUCUGUAGGUGGGCAUUCUCCAAUCAUUUGAAUGCGGUUAUAGUGGAAAAUUCUUCCCACUAUUUGUUUUGUUUGGAUUGUUCUAUGGCAAUCCCUUUGGAUAGAAUCACUAAUCCCCAAAUAGGAAUUCAAUCUCCCAACUUUCAUUCAUUAGUAUUCAAGUCUCUUCUUUCCUCAUUGGUGGAUAGUUUACUUGUAGAUUUGCUAGUUUCUUCUUUUUCAGUUUCAUUUGUUGCAGUAAACUAAGGUUUAGGUAAAUCCCUUAACUAGUACUAUCACAUUGAAUCAAAGUCAAACAAGUCUAUGAACAUUUAUCAACAGGAAACCUUUUCAUCCAGGAGCUAUAACAUGGAUAUUUCUGCCAACUCAAAUAGUCCUCUCAUCAUGAACAAAUAACAUCAUUUGAUUUUCGUGCUCUGUAUUUAGAAAUCUGGGAAUGUGAAACAUUCCUCCAUUUAUUCUUUUACAGCAAACUGGCCUGCUUUAUCUGGGGUUUAAAUUCAAAAGCAUUCGGUAACUAAAACCCAAACUACAGGAUUGGAUUUUAUGGCUUCCAAAAAGUUCCUGAAACCAAGAAUUACAAUCAUAGUUAUCUCAUAAUCGGAUCAAACAUUAAAUUGUUCUAAGGUUUGAAGUUAUCGGGUCAAUGAUU